GUCUCUUAAACAUCAUCACCAUCAUACUUUUCUGUCAAACAUUUUUCCUGAAAUUGUUAUGCUGGUUAAACCUAGACAUGAAGGUGUAGUUACUGGCCCCUCACUUACUCUCCAUUUGUCUCAUCAGUCUCUGUUCUCUUUCUCAGUUAUGGUGCACAUCUGCAGGCUGUUUGUGGUGAUGGGGAUGCUGAUGUUUCUAAGUGCCCAGUUUGCCAGCUCUCAGCAUUGGUCUCAUGGCUGGUACCCUGGAGGAAAGAGAGAGAUAGACGUUUACGAUCCUUCAGAGGUUUCAGAAGAAAUCAAACUCUGUAAUGCAGGGAAAUGCAGCUUCCUGAGACCCCAGGGAAGAAACAUUCUGAAGACAAUACUGCUGGACGCCCUCAUACGGGAUUUCCAAAAGAGAAAGUGACACCGAGAUGACGCAUCAGCCCAUGUCCAGAGAACCAUAAUUUCCAGCAAACACAUUAGGCCUGCAUUUGCAUCCAAGUUAUCCUGUGAUAUUUUAUUGAUUUCUUCAUUUUUUGUAUAUGUUCCGUAUUUUUGUUCGCUUCUCAUAGCCAUUUUGAGUUAGUCUAUACUGCCAGCACUAUGUAAG